UGUUUGUAAGUCCAUUGUAUUAUUCUUUGAUUCAUCUAGUUCUUUUUCUAUCAUAUAUAUUUUAUUAUUUAUUUAGUACCUGUUGAUGAUUCAAUUCUGUUACGAUAUAUUAUUGAAACAUUGUUCAUUAUUCAUGCUGAAACAAAAUUAAAUAUAAUAUGUCCAAUUGGUGGUGAUCCUCAAAAACGUUAUGGUUCACCUUAUGAUGAAAAAUGGUAUGAUAAUUUAAAACGUCCAGCAACUCCAACUCGAGAAACGAUCGUUUCAGUAAUUCAAAUGACGAAAGAAUAUAAUCAACGUCCAUUUCACAAUCCUCAACAAUAA